UUCUGCUACCGAAUUCAGGAUUCUGAUAUGCUCUUUUGCAACAUUUGAUAUUUGUAUGCAGCAUUCCACAGUGGGAACUGUAGUGGUGUGGGUCAAUGGAAUCUUUUGAUCAAAGAAACAAUAGUGGAGUAUUUGGUUCUUCAGCUGCAGUUCCUAGACCACCAUCGAACAAUAACAGAUUGAAUGCUUUUAAUCAGAUGGGUGCAGGUGGCUCUGAGAAUCCGAAGCCGGGUAUUGGUAUACCGCCAUCACACCCUAGUACCAAUUUGCCAUAUUCUCAGUAUAUAGCUUCUCAAAACCAACACCAUUUAGGUUCUCAGAGACUGCGUUCGCCCAAUUUGAGCCCAGGGUCAUCAUCAUCUUCGUCGCAUUCGAGGUCUAUGUCCCAACCCUCAUUCUUUUCCCUUGAUUCCUUGCCACCAUUGAGCCCUUUGACUUAUCGAGACCCUGUUGCUUCUCCGGUGCCAGCUGCAACCUCUUUUGGUGAUUCGGUCGCAAUGGAUGUGUCUAUGGAGGAAAAUUUAGGUUCUACUCAUACUGCGCCAUCUUUGACCGCCAACAGAGGUCAUAGUCUUCCUCCUCGCAAGGGGCACAGGCGCAGCAAUAGUGAUUCCCCUUUAGGAAUAUCCGGUCUUGUUCAAUCUUAUUCUCAGUCAGUUCCUACUAAGAAUGUGAGCGACCGGGACAAUUUGGUCUCCAAAGGAGAAAACACUGGUUUUGAGAAGCCAAUUCAGUUAGUUUUAAAGGAGCCAAGUAAGGAUAUGGUCCAUUUUGACUGCUUUACUGGAGAAGCUAUGGGCAAGAAAGAGGAUUGCAUAGAUGAUUUAUUUAAUGCGUACAUGAAUUUGGAUAACAUACAAAAUAUGAACUUUCCUGGCAUGGAAGAUAAGGAUUUGGAUAGCAGAACUAGUGGUUCAAAGACGGUUGAAAGUAGUGACAAUGAAGUAGAAAGUCAUGCGAAUGGAAAGACAACUUAUGCUCAGGGAGCAACUUCAAGCUAUAAAGAAGAACGGAAGGAGGGUAUCAAGAGGGGUUCUAGUGGAGACAUUGCACCGGUAGGCCGACACCGGAGAAGCUUUUCAUUGGAUAGUUCCAUCGGGGAUUUUCAGCUUGAAGAUGAAUCUUCUAAGCUGCCUCCUUUGCAAAAUCGAUUUGGUCAACACUCGCCUAGCAAUUCAAUAGAUGGUAAAACAUCUGACACCAGUAUAGAGUUUGUAAAGCGUGAAUUCAGCUCAGAUGAGUUAAAGAAAAUAAUGGAAAGUGACAAGCUCACUGAGAUUGCCAUGGCGGAUCCAAAGCGUGCAAAACGGAUUUUGGCUAAUCGUGUCUCAGCUGCUCGGUCAAAGGAAAGGAAAACACGAUAUAUUUCUGAACUGGAGCAUAAGGUGCAAACUCUUCAGGCAGAAACAACCUCAUUGUCUACUCAAUUUACUAAACUACAGAUGGAUAAUUCAGAGCUUAAAAGUUUGAAUAAUGAGUACAAAUUGAAGCUUCAAGCCUUGGAACAACAGUCCCAACUGAAAGAUGCUUUGAAUGAGACCUUGGAUGCUGAAGUUCGGCGAUUAAGGCGCACUGUCGCAAAUCUUGGUGGAGAUCCCCUCCUCUAAAUUUUCCAAACAGCCAUGCUCCAGAAGAGCCAAAGCCACAGCCACAGCCGCAGCCGCGGUCGCAUUCGUUUCUACCCGACGCAUUGAAAUCACAUUUGUUGCCUGCAUUUUAGGUCCAUUAUAUUCAUUUAAUUUGUUUGUUUCUCAGUGUUAACUUAUACUUGGAACACCUUUUCAUGUUAGUGAACAUAGCCCCCACUCCCUUUUCUUACCUAUCAUUGAUUGUUCCAUAUUUUAGUUGAAUCAAAAGCUCCAUUGAAGAAUCUCAAGACUUCACCAUACAAAAUGGCUGCUUUUAUGUUGUGUUGGGAUCAUUGUGAUGAUACCUAUAAGUUUCUUAGUAUUCCCAUUCAUGGUUGUAUUAUGGUACCGUUUAGAAUUUUAAUUAGUGGUGGAGAAGACCAAGAAAAUAUAUAGGCAAUUAUUAGGGGGGAAAAGGAUUUUAUUGGUUUGUUUAUAGCCAUAAUUUAUAGAUUACAAUGGUUUAAUCUCUAGCUGAUUUUUCUUGGUGGAUAAAUUUUGGGUAUUAUUGUUCUUGCAAGUUUUAUAUAUAGCAACCGCAACUUUCAAAUUUGUUAUCA